AUGCCGGUGUCUGGAGAGGAGCGGAUUUCACUAGUGGACUCUGCAGAAGUAGGAGUAGCCCUAAGGAGUCCACCGGGAGAUGCAGGCGCCCAGGGAAGACCUGCAGGAGCUGGGCUGUGGGCUGCCUUUGCAGCCGUGUUGCACUGGAGCCACAUAACUCACCUCUUUGAAAAUGACCGUCACUUUUCUCACCUCUCUACUCUGGAAAGGGAGAUGGCUUUUCGCACCGAAAUGGGACUGUAUUAUUCUUACUUCAAGACCAUCGUGGAAGCCCCCUCGUUUCUGAAUGGAGUGUGGAUGAUUAUGAAUGAUAAACUGACAGAAUACCCCCUGGUCAUUAACACAUUGAAAAGGUUCAACCUAUACCCUGAGGUAAUCUUGUCCAGCUGGUACCGGAUUUACAUCAAAACAAUGGACUUCAUUGGUGUUCAGACCAAGACCUGUUGGACAGUUACCAGAGGAGAGGGACUCAGUCCUGUCGAAAGCUGCGAAGGAUUGGGAGAUCCUGCUUGCUUUUAUGUUGCUGUAAUUUUUAUUUUAAAUGGACUGAUGAUGGCAUUAUUCUUCAUAUAUGGCACCUAUUUAAGCGGCAGCCGCUUGGGAGGUCUCGUGACAGUGUCAUGCUUCUUUUUCAAUCACGGAGAGUGCACCCGCGUGAUGUGGACCCCACCUCUCCGAGAAAGCUUCUCGUACCCUUUCCUUGUGCUUCAGAUGUUGCUAGUGACUCAUAUUCUCAGGGCUGCGAAACUUCACAGAGGAAGCCUGAUUGCGCUCUGCCUGUCCAAUGUAUUCUUCAUGCUUCCGUGGCAGUUCGCUCAGUUUGUGCUGCUUACCCAGGUUGCCUCCUUGUUUGUGGUGUAUGUUGUGGGGUACAUCGAUGCCUGUAAACUACGGAAGGUCAUUUAUAUGCACAUGAUUUCUCUUGCACUGUGUUUUGUUCUGAUGUUUGGGAACUCGAUGCUAUUGACGUCGUAUUACGCCUCCUCUUUGGUGACUGUUUGGGGCGUGCUGGCAAUGAAACCUCAUUUUCUGAGAAUAAAUGUGUCUGAACUUUGUUUAUGGGUUGUCCAAGGAUGCUUUUGGUUAUUUGGAACUAUUAUACUCAAGUCUUUGACCUCCAGACUCUUUGGCAUUGCAGAUGAUGCUCAUAUCGGCAACUUGUUAACAUCAAAAUUCUUCAGUUACAAGGAUUUUGACACCUUACUGUAUACCUGUGCCGCAGAGUUUGACUUCAUGGAGAAGGAGACCCCCAUGAGGUAUACAAAGACGCUGUUGCUUCCUGUUGUCCUUGUGGUAUUUAUUGCAAUUGUCAGAAAGAUUGUUAGCGAUAUGUGGACUGUCUUAGCCAGACAGCGGACACAGAUAAGAAAACACCAGUUUGAUAACGGAGAGCUGGUCUAUCACGCCUUGCAGCUGCUGGCAUACGCAGCCCUUGGCAUUUUGAUUAUGAGGCUGAAGCUCUUCCUGACGCCACACAUGUGUGUGAUGGCUUCCUUGAUCUGCUCUCGACAGCUGUUCGGGUGGCUCUUCUGCAGAGUGCAUCCUGGGGCCGUUGUGUUUGCCGUGUUAGCAGCAAUGUCGAUUCAAGGGUCAGCGAAUCUCCAAACGCAGUGGAAUAUUGUGGGGGAGUUCAGUAAUUUGCCACAAGAAGAACUGAUAGAAUGGAUCAAAUACAGUACCAAACCAGGUGCGGUGUUUGCGGGGGCUAUGCCCACCAUGGCCAGUGUGAAGCUGUCUGCGCUGCGGCCCGUGGUGAACCACCCGCACUACGAAGAUGCAGGCUUGAGAGCUAGAACGAAAAUAGUGUACUCUAUGUACAGUCGAAAAGCAGCUGAAGAAGUGAAGCAAGAGUUGAUCAAGCUAAAAGUCAAUUAUUAUAUUCUGGAAGAGUCAUGGUGUAUAAGAAGAUCCAAGCCUGGCUGCAGUAUGCCUGAGAUUUGGGAUGUGGAAGACCCUGUCAACGCCGGGAAGACACCCCUGUGUAACCUCUUGGUGAAGGAGUCCAAGCCUCACUUCACCACCGUGUUCCAGAACAGUGUUUACAAAGUCCUAGAAGUCACACAGGAGUGACAGCCACAUGAGCCGCUGCUGACCGACGACCGGACGACCGCAUCAGCCAUGGUCUUCAUGUUUUGCUAAGGAGUCAUGCAUUGUUUUGAAUUCAAUCCCAAGGUUUUUAUAGGCAGCUUCUCAAAUGGGGACAUCUUAUUUGUCCGUUUGAGUGUCAUUCUGGCUGUGGAGUGACUCGCGUGCUUGUCGAUGGGCCGCUGGUUCAGCACACCUGGGAACUCGCUGUGCUGGGGGACGGUGCCUGCCCCGACCUGGGCGUGCGCUGUGGUGUCAGCUGCGCGCUGGGGCAGGAGUGGAGCUCCUGGGGGUGGAGAUGUCCAUCCUGAGCCGCGCCGCUGCCCCUCUGUGCCUUGCUGGCUCGACCCCGGCCCGCUUGGCACUGGAGCGGGGUCCUCGGUGAGCAGCUGCGUCAUCGCUGUGGUGUCAUCCUCUGCUCUUCUUGUGCCCUGUUGCUCUUGUGCAUGAGAUUGUUCCAGGCUCUUAGGUCCGGCGGCGAGGACCAGAUUCCUUUAGCACCCAGCCCUGUGCAUCAUUGCCUCUCCCCGCCACCACAUUUUGUCAGAUAAGUGCUGUUUGCUCAUUAUGUCGCUCAUCAAGUACUUGUUCCUGGUUUAAAAAAUGGUAACUGUGCAUCUUCCUCAUUUUUAGCAUUAUUGAAAUGUUUAUAUUUUAAUACCUUUAAACUGUUUUAAAAUUUUUCAUAUUUAAUUAUAGGUUAAAGACAAAUUAUUUUGAAGAACCCCAAAUACAUGUAUCUAGAAGUAGACGUAAUAUGCAGUAGACAGUAGCAUCUGAUAUUUGACUAACUUUUCGGUCAAAAAA